AUGAAGCUCACGUGGCCACGUCUCCUGAGAGGACCCAUGAUGCAGCGCUUGACGCUUGCUGGCGUCUGCGCCUACAUGAUCGCAGCCACGGCCUUCUUCUUGCUUCACCGCCAGUACACGGCGACCACCCGUCACAGCCAUGCAUCGAGCCAUACGCCACUGCGGCACGCCGACUGCAGCUACCAGACGACAGGUUUUGCCGAGCAGUACGAAGCGAUCUAUGCGAGCGCGCCGUCCCCGCCGACGUCGCUCCAAGCCCUCCGACGGUACACGAUCCAUACAGGCCAUGCGCAUGCCUCAUCGUGCUCGCUGUAG